AUGGUUGUUCUUGUGCAUCCUCCGCCGCAGCUCCCGCGGCGGCGUUGUUGGCCUUUUGUCUUUUACGCGCCCCAGCGCGACUCUCUCACCUCUCCCGCUCGCUCUCCCUGUUGUUCGCUCUUCGUCUCCCGCGAUAACAACCGUCAACGCCAGAUGGAGGAAGCAUCAGCGGAGGCAGCCGUUAUGCUGCGAAGUGGCGGUCCGAUCGUUGAGCAAUUCGGCGACGUCGUUGGAGCAUAG